AUGUCGGCCGGUCUGGUCGUCUUUGGUAACACAGCCAGUCGUGGUUUGGGCUCCGACAUCCUCGUCGGCGCCUCCCUCAAAUCUAUCCACGGAAAGCAUGCUACCUGGAGACAAGAGGUCAUCUUACAAGCCUUUGUGGUUAUUGCUUUUGUCCCUAGCAUUGCUAGUAUGACGGGCGUCUUUUUACAAAUCUUUGGCGCCGGAGCAUGGGCCUCGAUCGCUGCUCUCGAUAGCCUUGCGGUUCACUUUAUUAUUACCUUGCCCCUUGUGGUUUGGGAGUCUGACAUUCACAGCGCCCUUGAGGCAAUCGCCAAUGGCGGAUCCGCCAAGAAGGCUGCUCGCGAUUGGGGCGUCCCGAGGGCAACUCUUUACAAUCGCAUGCAUGGUCACGAAUGCAGAAAGGAUGCAUUUUCUGCUCUUCAGAGGCUUUCUCAGACACAGGAAAAGCAACUUACCGAAUGGAUUCUCAUUCAGGACGCCUUGGGCCUUCCUCCCACUCACUCGCAGAUCAGGCAGUUCGCGCAGCGCAUGCUCGCCGUCAAAGGAGACCACACACCGCUCGGAAAACACUGGAUGCAAGCAUUUUAA